CCUUCCGCUAAAAACUGAGAAGCAAUAGGAGCCAAUAGAUCACAUCUAAUCUCAUGGCUCUCCUCCAGUCCAAUCCUCAGUAAAUGAUUUGGUAUACAUAUUUGUUUCUAGUUAUCUAAUUCUCGUUUCAUCCACGACUCCCUGCUCCCUACGUACUUUUUCUCUCCCAUGGAAAAAGAUGAAGAUCCUCGGUUGAUAGCAAGCACCUUCUUCGUCCAGAUUUCUCCGUUACAUCGCGAAAUUGAGCGGGCGACGUUUGUUUAAAUCUGAAGAAGGUCGCUGAAUUUGGUUUUGUUUUGUGUUACCCCUGCUCGAGAUCCAAGCCCCCUAUUAAAUCCAUCCAAUCGCAGAGCAAAUUUAUCUCAUUGGAUUAUCAUCGUAUCCGAUUUCGUUCCAGGUGAUAUGAAGCGGGAAGAGCAUGGGGCGGGACGGGCUUGAGCCCACCUUCGUGGGCUGGCUGCGAGCAAUUUAAUUAAUUUUAAUUAUUCCUUUUAUUUUGUUUCCUAAUUUAUUUUGUUUCCUAGUAUGAUUUAAUUAGGACUUCUAUUAAUUAGAGGUUUCCUAUUUCUAUUUAGUUUCCUUGAAUGGUUUAAUUAGGACUCCUAUUAUGUUUCUUACUAGGAUUAGUUUCCUAUUCAGUUUUGGAUGUAAGGGUUAUAUAAACCCAUGCCUAGGCUUAUUCAAAUCAAGCAUUAAUAAUAUUGGUUUUAGCUAUUUAGCUCUGGGCAACGGAUCCAGCCGUUGAUUAUUUUGGGCAACGGGUUACCCCGUUGAUUUUAUUUUUCUGAUCUUAUCAAUUGGUCCGACCUGCCGGAUCCCGUCCCGCCAAGAUGACGAGAUCUCAGAAUGAUCGAUUGACAAAGCUGGAGAACGAACAAACUCGUAUGAGAGAAGAAGUGACCUGGAUAAGGGCCGAACAGGCAGAGCAGGGUGGCAAGCUGUCGGAGAUCAUCGCCUCUCUAGCGACAUUGACCCAGGCGAUGGCCCCGCCGGUCACACCGAAGAAAGCCGCGGAUGACGUGGGUUGAAUCCCGGCAACCGAGCUGCAUGGAGAAGGCGUGCUGAGCAAUCCAACUAUAACGCUACUUCCGUCGUUCGAUGGGGGAGACCCAAUUGGGUGGAUCGCUCGGGUAGAGCAACAGUUCGAAUUACACAACACUUUACCAGAAAAGAAGGUGGCUGCCGCGAUGGCAACUAUAGAAGGAGGAGCGCUUUACCGGGUGACCUGGCUGAGAUCGUGCAGGCCUGGGAUGACUUGGGCAGAUUUCAAGCAAGCCUUGGUGGACAGAUUUGAUUCUCGAUUUCAGGGGAAUAAGUAUGAACGAUUGUCCGGAGUCAGGCAAAUUGGGUCUAUAGAAGAUUACAAUAUCUUGUUUGUUCAGCUAGCAAGCCAAGUUCUAGGGUUACCCGAUGAGCACUAUUUGGGAUAUUACAUGAGCGGUCUUAAGGAGAUAAUCCGAAGCUCGCUGCGAUUGCUCCGACCAAACAACCUAGAGAUGGCUAUGGAAUUAGCUCGCGAAGUUGAGUAUAAUCUGUCCGUCCAAAGUGGAGAAAGUGGCAGCCUGAAUUAUCAUUCAUCAGGGGUACGUUCUAGCAGCCUUUUAAGGGCAAACACAGGUUCCCCGUUGACUGUCAUUGGUGGCAGCUUACAGGGUUCGGAGGGCAGCUUUGCGAAAGAUAGUGGACAGCCUCCGGGGACGAAGUCAGGGUUGUCUGGGCAGCCUACGACACGCUCUCAGUUCACUCGACUUCCGCCGGAAGAGUUUGCAGAACUACGGGCGAAAGGAUUAUGCUUUAGGUGCAAGAAACCAUUUACACCAACACAUGACUUUCCCUUUAAGCAGCUGCGGGUAAUGAUAGCUGAGGACGAUGAAGAGUUGGACCACAAGCAGCAUGAAUUCUGUGAAAUAACUGGCCAGGAAAAGGUCCCGGAAAGAGAAGGAUAUUUUCCAGUCUAUACUAUGUCUGGAAAUUUCAAUUCCCGAUCCGCGAGUUUUCAACCUUGAGGACAAGGUUAAUUUGAAGGAGGAUGGAUUGAUAUGAAGCGGGAAGAGCAUGGGGCGGGACAGGCUUGAGCCCACCUUCGUGGGCUGGCUGUGAGCAAUUUAAUUAAUUUUAAUUAUUCCUUUUAUUUUGUUUCCUAAUUUAUUUUGUUUCCUAGUAUGAUUUAAUUAGGACUUCUAUUAAUUAGAGGUUUCCUAUUUCUAUUUAGUUUCCUUGAAUGGUUUAAUUAGGACUCCUAUUAUGUUUCUUACUAGGAUUUAGUUUCCUAUUCAGUUUUGGAUGUAAGGGUUAUAUAAACCCCUGCCUAGGCUUAUUCAAAUCAAGCAUUAAUAAUAUUGGUUUUAGCUAUUUAGCUCUGGGCAACGGAUCCAGCCGUUGAUUAUUUUGGGCAACGGGUUACCCCGUUGAUUUUAUUUUUCUGUUCAGUUUUGGAUGUAAGGGUUAUAUAAACCCCUGCCUAGGCUUAUUCAAAUCAAGCAUUAAUAAUAUUGGUUUUAGCUAUUUAGCUCAGGGC